AUGGCUGCUGUUUUGGGUGUUGUUUUUGCUCUACUUAUCAAUUUUACAGUCGGACAAAAUCAACAACGCAUAGUUGGAGGAAAUAUUGGUUGGACAAUCAGAUUGGGCUUCCCGCCAAACCUUUCGGCCCUAUCACGACGGGCCCCGCUAACAUCACCCACCCUCAACUCCACCGGCAACCAAUACUACAUUUGCAUCUUCGGAACCCACUGCGCGCAAGGAGGACAGCGGCUCAGUCCUCAGCAACUCCACCAGCGGCGGCGCCAGCCCACCGGCCGCCAGUCUGCCGGCGGGCGCGCCUCCGGCCACGACGCCGGGAGACAGUUCUCCGGCCCUUCCCACCGCCCCGUCGGCGCAGCCGCCGGUGACCCCUGGGCAACCGGGUUCCGGCGCCGGUUGGCCGGAAGUUUCUUUUUUGUUUUGGUGUCUGCCGGAGUGGUUCUGGCUGUCUAA